AUGGCCCCUCCGCAAUACAUUAUCAACGCUCAUAUUUUUGGCGAGACCUAUGACAACGAAGAAGUUGGUUUUCUGUUUAGAAACACUGAGGUUAAACGAUUUUGUUUAAGUAGAAAAGCAAAUUUCAGUUACUUCAAAGGGAGAUUAGAGACGAAGCUUGCAAUGGGUGGUGUAUCCCAAAUUUUUUACCAAUAUCGAUUUCUUCGUGGAGACAACCCGGUCAAGUUUAUCCAAGUUGAGAUCAAAGACGAUGAAGACAUGCAGAAUAUGUUUGCCAAUCAUGAGUAUUCUGGUUACGAAUGCAUAGAACUGUAUGUUACUCUACCAGAAGUUCAAACCACACAAAUGGUUGAGUCACAAGUCAUUGAUGCACUUGGAGACGAGCAAGCAGAGGUCGACGUUGUAGAUGAAGAAGAAGAAGCACCGGAAAUAGAAGUUGAUAACCUGGUAAACGAGGAAAGUGAAGAUGAACCGGAAGUUGUUGUACCACGAGAUCAAGUGCAUAUGCCUCCAGUGCACAUGGGGAACCUGAAUUUUGAUGGGGAUGACGAACCAUCGACUGAUAUUUUCUAUGAUCCAUACACCCAAACAGAUCAACGGUUAAAAGUAGGAGACAGAUUUCGUUCUAAGGAGGCAUGUAUCAUGGCCAUAAAAAGAUUUCAUAUGGCAAACAAUGUUGAUUUUAGAGUUGAUCGCGCCAAUGUCGAAAGGUACAAAAUUUACUGUAGUAACACUGAUUGUGGAUUCAGGUUGCAUGCAUCAUACAGGAAGAGAAGUGACUCAUGGGUUAUAGGAUAUAUUUCCCAAGAUCACACAUGUAUUAACACAAAUGUUUCACAAGAUCACCGUAAGCUCAGUUAUGACAUCAUUUGUCAAGAAAUCUUGCCUCUAGUUGAAAAAGAUCCAUCGUUAAAGGUGAAAACGAUAAUCUCUCAUAUCGUUGCAACGUACAACUACACUCCGUCUUAUAGAAAGGCGUGGCUGGCGAAGACCAAGGCGAUCGAAGUUGUGUAUGGAAAUUGGGAGGAUUCGUAUAAACGACUCCCACAUUUAUUAUAUGCGCUUCAAAUUUAUGCUCCUGGAACUGUUACUAUUUUAGAGACCCUUCCGGCGCAAUCUCCAGACGGAACAUCACUUCAAGGAAAUGUGAUAUUCCACAGGCUCUUCUGGGCUUUCCGCCCAUGUGUACAUGGAUUUUCAUAUUGCAAACCAAUUCUUCAAAUAGAUGGAACUUGGUUGUACGGAAAAUAUAAAGGCACCAUGUUGAUGGCUGUGGCUCAAGACGGAAAUAGUAACAUCUUUCCUGUUGCUUUCGCACUUGUGGAAGGAGAAACUGCUGGAGUUGAAAUUUGA